AGAAAAGGGAAAUCUUGUUGAAGAAUGCAAUAAUAUAACAUAUAAUUCCCACAAGAAAACAAAACAGUCUGCCGUCUGCGUGGAAUAUUUUGUUCUAAGCAGUCAGGAAAAUACGCUAUCACCCUUUGACACGUAAUUGGUUUGUAAUGAGAAGAACCAUAGAGCUGAGACAUUAGACUUCCAGGCAACAACGUGUGCAUUGAAUGUAACGAAAAGAAAACGCAAAAAAAAAAAAAUGGAUGGGAUAAUAUUUCUUUGUCUUUAGGUCAAAUUCGUUCAAUCAAGUAGUUUCGUGGAUUGUGGUGAGGUGCAAUUAUUUUUAUUGAACAACUCAGAUACGUAUGUUGACUUUCCAUGAAUCCCACUUGAUUGACAUGAUCCAUCAUGUUGCAUGCGCAUUAAAUAUUCAUGUGUGUGAAAUUUAUAAAUGCUAAGGAGGGCGAACCCCAACUUGGAACUUUGUGGGUCGAACCGUACCUCAUCCACCGUACAAUUAUCAUCUUUCUUACGCUAGUCACUUGGAGUCGCCUGCAGCUUGGAAUUUGUCACGCCCCACAUGCUUCCAUGUGAACGGAUCCCUCUCCUUUUAAAGCUUUCUUCCCAUUCCAGGACUUUCAUGUAUGUAUGUAGAUAUUUUCGUUGUAGGAAAUUUCGAUGGUGUAGUAGUACUUGUGGUCAAUUUGUAUUUAUAAAAAUGGGAAAUUUCUUCUUUACAAUAAUUAAAUUUGCAGAUAACGCUUAGAUAAUAACAUGUGAUGGAUCCUACACGAGUAAUGUAUUCCAAAUUAGACUUACAAGAUUUGCAACCAAAACCAAUGACGUAACAAAACUUAUUAACUGAGAUUUGAGCCUCUCUUUCUCUUGUUAAUGGAAAAUUUUCUUCAUCUUGUAAAUUUGUAAUUAUAUAUUGAUUUGGAUUUAUUGAAAUCUUUUUAUGAGAAUGAAUCAUUAUUGGCAAGAAGAAAGAGUGCAAAAAUUUGAAUUAAUGUUGAAUAGUAUGGGCAUGAAUUCAAGCCGCCUGGAUAGCUGGUGACUGAUGUUAGUUUUGGCUUCUCUAAAGUGGUCAUGGGAUGAUUAUCAAUUUAUUAUUGUCACAUGAAGCUUGUUGCUAUUCUUUUUCAAACUAAUAAUAAAGUUUCCAAUGGCUUUCAUGCGUCCCUUGUGGUGUGGGCCUUGGAGAUUUAGGUUUCAAUGGCAUUUAAACUUUAAAGAUAAGGUAUAUAGCUGUCACAUGCUAUAAUUUCAAUACUCCAUGUUGAAUGUUAGACUUAAUAACAGAUAGAAAAUUAGAUUUAUUUUUGGUCACUAAUUUCACCUCUUUUUUUCUAUUUUUUCUAUCAUUUUGUCAAUUUUUUUUAAAGUAUAAAGUUUUCCUCCUCCAUCGCAGAAAAGAAGAGACAAAAUAUAUGGGUACAUCUCCAUUUAACCCAAGGUCAUUCAUAAAGCAAGACUAGGUCAGGCCAUUCACCAUUUCACAUAAUAAUAAGUGUCCUAAGGUCCAAUUGUAGCUCAGGUCCUACCUAAGAAGGUGGGCUUGACCCCAACAUGACAGAAGUUUUUCCAAUUCCUGGGCUCCUAGCUAAGGCUGGACUGGACCUUGGACAAGAAAUUGAUUGCGUUCCAUGAAAGCAGAAACAUAACAACUGGCAGAUUUUACAGCAAAUAGAAUCAUAAACAAUAACAAUGAGAAAUAUAAAUAAUCUCUAGAUGAGUUUGUUUACAAAGAAAGCAUAGGCAAUUGUCCAUUUAAUUUCGUGUCUCUAAUACAAUUACAAUAUUAAUAAUUGAGACAAUAUAUAGAAUAGGUUUUUUGGGAUCUUCGUUAUGAUUUAUGAAUGCUACGAAGAAUGUGAAAUCGAAUUCUAAGACGCUAACAGACCAAAGAGAAAGUAAUCAGUCCAAAAAAGCAAACAAAAGAAAAACCAAAUUAAAGUGAUGUUAGAAUCAAACAUUCUGCAGUCAGCUUUUACGGAAUUCACAUGCUCAUCAAUCAUCACAUAGUUUUGGUAUUCUCCUCAAACCUUCUCAAACCAUAAGGCACAAAAGCAAAGUAUAUGUCAGGGAAACAGAAGAAAAGGAAACAGCAUUAGUUUGACAGAUUUUUUCUCCUUAGGACUUCACUUUAUUUCAUCUGAUGAUUGCUUGACCUUAAAACAACACAAAUCCCACUAGAGAAGCUAAAAUAACUUCCGACAUUACUCUGAUGGAUUCUCUGAUCUUCACCUACAAUCCUACUAUGUCAAAACAUAAAUUUUCUUCAUUUCUCUGUUUGUGUUCCCCAUUCGUUCUAUUCAUCUUUCCAUUUCGUAGCCUCAUAGAAGCUCAAGCAAGCCUUUGUAGAACUACUUGUGGUGAUAUCCCUAUAAACUACCCUUUUGGAAUUGAUAAUGGCUGUGGCAGCCCUUAUUACAGACACAUGCUUGCCUGCUCCGACCCUGGCAAGCUUGAGCUUCUUACACCCUCCGGUCGAUACCCUGUACGCAGCAUUAGUUACUCUGAUCCUCAUAUCCUUGUUACGGAUCCAUUUAUGUGGAAUUGUCAAGAUGGUGAUAACUUUCGUCCUACUAGGCCUUUUAGCCUCGACACAAGCACGCAUUUCUCACUGUCCCCUCAAAAUGACUACCUCUUCUUCAACUGUAGUGAGGAUUAUGUGAUUGUUGAGCCAAAGCCUAUCUUCUGCGAGAGAUUCCCUGACAGGUGUGAUUCAACAUGCGAUAGUGCUAGUUAUCUUUGCAGGCAUUUACCUGAAUGUGCCACAGCACUGCAUGGUAGUUCUUGCUGCUCUUACUACCCCAAAGCAACAGAGUCCUUAAGACUGAUGCUGAAGUAUUGUGCUUCAUAUACAAGUGUGUAUUGGAGAACUGUCGGCACAACCACUGAUUCUUCAUAUAACCAGGUACCUGAAUAUGGAAUUCGGGUUGAUUUUGAUGUUCCAGUGACUACAAACUGCCUUCAGUGUCAGGAUCCAUCCAAGGGAGCUGGAACAUGUGGAUUUGAUACACAAACGCUGAAUUUCCUUUGUCUAUGUAAGGAGGGCAAUGUCACAUCCUAUUGUAAAGAUCAUGACAUUUCUGGGCACAGAAGGGCAGGAGUGAUUGCAGGGACUGUAACCGCAGUUUCACUUGCUGGAGCCGUAGGAAUAGGGGUCGGUAUUUGGUUCUCGAAGAAAGUGAGAGCUAAAGCACCUGUAACAUGUGGGGUUCAAAGCAAUGACAAUAGGCUUUUCUGAAGAAAGUUUGAGUGUGGGCAAAGUUAAAGCAAGCUCAACUUUAUUCUUUUUCUUUACUUUGUUAAUCAUGUUGAACUGUAGGAGAAACCUCCUUAGUGGUUUGUUCUGUCCUUUGUUUAUAGUAAAAGAAAUUUGACAGAGCUGAGGAUUCACUCCAGUGACUUUGGU